AUGAUGGAUCCAACCGACUCUCAGAUUGCUUUUCGCUUACGAAAGUUAAGGACAAAGUUCGCUCGUUUCGAUGUUGACAAAGAUGGAUACAUGGCCAAAGAAGAUUUCGAACUUAUGGCAAAGAAAAUGAACGAAUUGAGCAACGCCACUGGCGAACAAGCUGAAUCAUGUCGUCAAAUAUUUAUGCAUGUCGCCGAUACCUUCGGGUUUACACCAGGAAUGAAACUUUCCAGAGACGAAGCGGCAAAGAAUAUGAAUGAAGCCAUGUUGAAAUUGUCUUGGAAAGAACAAAGAGCAAUGUGCGAUAAUUUUUACAACGUCGUCUUUGACGCUAUGGAUUUAGACCGAGAUGACCACAUUUCCUUGGAAGAAUACAAAACCUACACUCGGGUGCUUGCGCCUGAUCUUUCCGAUGAAGACAAAGUCAAGUGUUUCAAUUUGAUUGAUACCAAUCAAGAUGGGAAAAUAAGUCGCGCAGAAUUCCUCGAAGUAGCGUUCGGAUAUUUGCAUAAAUUCGAAGAGAAUGAAUUUUCCGAACUCUUUUAUGGGCCAUUGGUACCUUAA